AGCCAUCCGCGUCUUCAGGACUUACUCCCUCUCGAGAACGUGCCACGAUCGGCAACCGAUUUCCAGAAUAGUUCCUGAAAACACGCCGGGCUCGCGUCGCUUACGAGCAUCUUGCGGUUCACGCAAGAUCGUGGCUGUCUUUAACGUAACUUAAGGAAAUUUCGACGUUUUGGAGAUCGGAAGGCAAUCGCGAGAUGAGGAGGACCCGCACGAAUUAAAAGAAAACCUGCGAGAGGUCAUCGUUGAUCCUACGUAAAAAGACACGGUGAACCGAAAACAUGUGGGCAAACCUAUAUACGUUAGGCGUUUUUAUAGCGCUGAUCUCAUCGACAUUAGCUGAUAUUGCAAAAGGUCUGCCCUCGAUACAUCUGCCCUUGCCACAUAUACCGAGUGGAUUCAUGUGCAUUGAAGUAGGAUAUCAUGCCGAUCCUAGCGAUUGUAGAAGAUUCUACCGAUGUGUCGAUUGGGGAUUCGGAAAACCGCUGCAGAUCUUUCAAUUCGAGUGCGGUGUUGGAACAGUAUUCUCGAUGCGUAGGGGUAAUAUCUGUACUCUCCCCAACGACAGCGACCGUCCAGAAUGUGGUGGAAAUAUCAUAAACAACAAUUCGACUACGACUUCUCCGACCACAACAGAAAUAUGGACGACCAAUGGAACUAUUACAAACAAUCCACUGCAAACAACUUCACAGAUCACUACCACAAGUUUAUCAACGAGUAGUAACCAAUCUUCUGCAACAAGUGGAAAACCAGGGAACGAUCAAGGUCGAGGACGAUGCGUUCAAGAAGGAUAUUUUGCUGAUGUGAAUAACUGUAGAAAAUUUUAUAGAUGCGUUGAGGAAGGUUCUGGAAACUUUGUAAAGCAUGAAUUUGAAUGUGGAGUUGGUACUGUCUGGGAUCCAGAUAUACAAGGAUGUAAUCAUCCUUGGGCUGUAUCACGAGAAGACUGCAAGGAAGGCUCAGGGACAGGCGCUACUGGUAGUAGCAAUGAUAAUGGACAAUGGACCACAGAUAACAGUGGACAAUGGACAAGUGGAACAGGCAGCCCUGGACAACAUGGAGAUGCUACUAGUCAAACAGGACAACCAGUUCAGCCUGGAGAACCUACUGGACAACCUGCUCCUCCCGGUACUCCGGGCAUUCCAGGAACAACUGGUAUUCCGGGCACUCCAGGAACACCUGGUACUCCGGGCACUCCGGGAACUCCUGGUACUCCGGGUAAUCCGGAAACACCUGGCACCCCUGGCACUUCUGGCAGUUCAGGCACAUCUGGCACACCCGGUAAACCUGGCACACCUGGAACACCCGGUAAACCUGGCACACCUGGCACACCCGGCAUAUCCGGAAUCCCAGGCACUCCUAGCAUUCCAGGAAGUCCUGGUGUCUCAGACACUCCUGGCUCACCCGGCACACCCGGCACACCUGGAAGCCCAGGCACUCCAAGCAUUCCAGGAAGUCCUGAUGUCCCAAGCACUCCUGGCUCACCCGGCAUAUCCGGAAUCCCAGGCACUCCUAGCGUUCCAGGAAGUCCUGGUGCCUCAGGCACUCCUGGCUCACCCGGCACACCCGGCACACCUGGCACGCCUGGCACACCUGGAAGCCCAGGCACUCCUGUUACAUCUGACACCUCAGAGGCUCCUGGUACACCUGGCACACCUGGAAGCGUAGGCACCUCUAUCACUCCAGGAGGUUCUGGUACUCCUGGCACAACAGGCACACCGAGCACAUCUGGCACUCCUAGCACAUCUGGCACACCCGGUAAACCUGGCACACCUGGAACACCCGGUAAACCUGGCACACCUGGCACACCCGGCAUAUCCGGAAUCCCAGGCACUCCUAGCAUUCCAGGAAGUUCUGGUGCCUCCGGCACUCCUGGCUCACCCGGCACACCUGGCACAACUGGCACGCCUAGCACACCUGGAAGCCCAGGCACUCCUGUUACAUCUGACACCUCAGAGGCUCCUGGUACACCUGGCACACCUGGAAGCGUAGGCACCUCUAUCACUCCAGGAGGUUCUGGUACUCCUGGCACAACAGGCACACCGAGCACAUCUGGCACAACUGGCACGUCUGGCACACCUGGAAGCCCAGGCACUCCAAGCACUCCAGGAAGUCCUGAUGUCCCAGGCACUCCUGGCUCACCCGGCACACCCGGCACACCUGGCACACCUGGCACACCUGGCACACCUGGCACACCUGGCACACCUGGCACUCCUGGCUCACCCGGCUCACCCGGCACACCCGGCACACCUGGAAGCCCAGGCACUCCAAGCAUUCCAGGAAGUCCUGAUGUCCCAGGCACUCCUGGCUCACCCGGCAUAUCCGGAAUCCCAGGUACUCCUAGCGUUCCAGGAAUUCCUGGUGCCUCAGGCACCCCUGGCUCACCCGGAACACCUGGCACAACUGGCACACCAGGAAGCCCAGGCACUCCAAGCAGUCCAGGAAGUCCUGAUGUCCCAGGCACUCCUGGCUCACCCGGCAUAUCCGGAAUCCCAGGCACUCCUAGCGUUCCAGGAAGUCCUGGAGCCUCAGGCACUCCUGGCUCACCCGGCACACCCGGCACACCUGGCACGCCUGGCACACCUGGAAGCCCAGGCACUCCAAGCAUUCCAGGAAGUCCUGAUGUCCCAGGCACUCCUGGCUCACCCGGCAUAUCCGGCACACCUGGCACGCCUGGCACACCUGGAAGCCCAGGCACUCCAAGCAUUCCAGGAAGUCCUGAUGUCCCAGGCACUCCUGGCUCACCCGGCAUAUCCGGAAUCCCAGGUACUCCUAGCGUUCCAGGAAUUCCUGGUGCCUCAGGCACCCCUGGCUCACCCGGCACACCUGGCACAACUGGCACACCAGGAAGCCCAGGCACUCCAAGCAGUCCAGGAAGUCCUGAUGUCCCAGGCACUCCUGGCUCACCCGGCAUAUCCGGAAUCCCAGGCACUCCUAGCGUUCCAGGAAGUCCUGGAGCCUCAGGCACUCCUGGCUCACCCGGCACACCCGGCACACCUGGCACACCUGGCACACCUGGAAGCCCAGGCACUCCAAGCAUUCCAGGAAGUCCUGAUGUCCCAGGCACUCCUGCCUCACCCGGCAUAUCCGGAAUCCCAGGCACUCCUAGCGUUCCAGGAAGUCCUGGCACUCCUGGCUCACCCGACACACCUGGUACUCCUAGUACACCUGGCACACCAGGAAGCCCAGGCACUCCAAGCAUUCCAGGAAGUCCUGGUACUCCCGGUACACCUGGCUCAUCCGGAACACCUGGUACUCCUGGCACACCUGGCACUCCUGGCUCACCCGGCACACCUGGUACUCCUAGUACACCUGGCACACCAGGAAGCCCAGGCACUCCAAGCAUUCCAGGAAGUCCUGGUACUGCCGUUACAUCUGGCUCAUCCGGAACACCUGGUACUCCUGGCACACCUGGCACAGCCGGCACACCUGGAAGCUCAGACGCUCCUAGCAAUCCAGGAGGUCCUGAUACUCCCGGCACACCUAGCACUCCUGGCACACCUGGUACUCCUGAUACAUCUGGUACUCCUGGCACACCUGGCAUACCAGGCAUAUCCGGAAUCCCAAGCAUUCCUGUCGUUCCAGGAGGUCCUGGUGCCUCAGGCACUCCUGGCUCACCCGGCACACCUGGUACUCCUAGUACACCUGGCACACCAGGAAGCCCAGGCACUCCAAGCAUUCCAGGAAGUCCUGGUACUGCCGUUACAUCUGGCUCAUCCGGAACACCUGGUACUCCUGGCACACCUGACACAGCCGGCACACCUGGAAGCUCAGACGCUCCUAGCAUUCCAGGAAGUCCUGGUGCCCCGGGCACUCCUGGCUCACCCAGCACACCUGGUACUCCAGGUACUCCAGGCACCCCAGGAUCUCCUGGAACUCCUGGUACAUCUGGAACAUCGGACACUACAGAUACAUCUGGUAUAACUAUUGAACCUUCAAAUACUAACCCUGGGAAUCCUGGUACUUCCGGCACUGCUGAUGCACCCGCUGAAACAGAUACUCCUAACACUUCUGGCUCUACUUCAGGAACUCCUGGGUCUACAAAUACGCCAGACAUUUGUACACAUGAUGGAUUCUUCCCAGACCCCAGAGACUGUCGAAAAUUCUAUCGCUGUGUCGGCAGUGGUUCCACGUUCAUCAAAUACGAGUUCCAGUGCGGCACAGGAACUGCUUGGGAUUCAGCUAUUCAGAGUUGUAAUCACGAUUAUCUCGUUCCCGCUUGUAAAGGGGGAUCUACUUCGGCUAGCUCGCCAGACACUACAGAACCUGAUUCAUCUUCUAAUGAAGUCACUAGCACAGCUGAUUACAGCAAACCAGAUUAUACUACAAAGAAGCCUAAUGAUGCCACAGUUUGUGAUAAGCCAGGUCUCUAUCCGGACCCAAUACAGUGUGACAAAUUCUAUCGUUGCGUUGACAUUGGAGACAGGUUCAACGUGUACUAUUUCGACUGUGCACCUGGAACCAUAUGGGAUCCUAGCAUCGACAAAUGCAAUCAUCCCGAGUCCGUAUAUCCUCCAAGAAAUUGCACGGUGCCUCCGUCAGGUUCAUCAAGUAGUGCGAGCACUGGAUCUACUGCAACAAUAACAGAAUCGACUACCGCAUCUGCAACACCGACAGCAUCUAGCACAGCUGCAUCUGCAACACCGACGGCAUCUAGCACAGCUGCAUCUGCAGCACCGACGGCAUCUAGCACAGCUGCAUCGGCAACACCGACGGCAUCUAGCACAGCUGCAUCUGCAACACCGACGGCAUCUAGCACAGCUGCAUCUGCAGCACCGACGGCAUCCAGCGCAGCUGCAUCUGCAACACCGACGGCAUCCAGCACAGCUGCAUCUGCAACACCGACGGCAUCCAGCACAACUGCAUCUGCAACACCGACGGCUUCUACCACAGCAGCAUCUGCAAAACCGACGGCAUCUAGCACAGCUGCAUCUGAAUCGAGUACAGACCCUACUUCUGAAGGUACUACAGUGACUGCGUCUAUAGCAUCUACUCAUCCUACGUCUGAAUCCAGUACGGAAACUACGUCCGAGGCAACUACGGAGAAGCCUAAUAAUGCCAUAGUUUGUGAUAGGCCAGGUUUCUAUCCGGACCCAAAACGAUGUGACAAAUUCUAUCGUUGCGUUGACAAUGGAAACGGCUUCAAUGUAUAUCAUUUCGACUGCGCACCUGGAACCAUAUGGGAUCCUAGCAUCGACACGUGCAAUCAUCCCGAGUCCGUGUAUCCUCCAAGAAAUUGCACGAUGCCUCCAUCAGGUUCAUCAAGUAGUCCAAGCACUGGAUCUACUGCAACAAUAACAGAAUCGAAUACUGCAUCUGCAACACCGACGGCAUCUAGCACAGCUGCAUCUGCAGCACCGACGGCAUCUAGCACAGCUGCAUCUGCAACACCGACGGCAUCUAGCACAGCUGCAUCUGCAGCACCGACGGCAUCUAGCACAGCUGCAUCGGCAACACCGACGGCAUCUAGCACAGCUGCAUCUGCAACACCGACGGCAUCUAGCACAGCUGCAUCUGCAGCACCGACGGCAUCCAGCGCAGCUGCAUCUGCAACACCGACGGCAUCCAGCACAGCUGCAUCUGCAACACCGACGGCAUCCAGCACAACUGCAUCUGCAACACCGACGGCUUCUACCACAGCAGCAUCUGCAAAACCGACGGCAUCUAGCACAGCUGCAUCUGAAUCGAGUACAGACCCUACUUCUGAAGGUACUACAGUGACUGCGUCUAUAGCAUCUACUCAUCCUACGUCUGAAUCCAGUACGGAAACUACGUCCGAGGCAACUACGGAGAAGCCUAAUAAUGCCAUAGUUUGUGAUAGGCCAGGUUUCUAUCCGGACCCAAAACGAUGUGACAAAUUCUAUCGUUGCGUUGACAAUGGAAACGGCUUCAAUGUAUAUCAUUUCGACUGCGCACCUGGAACCAUAUGGGAUCCUAGCAUCGACACGUGCAAUCAUCCCGAGUCCGUGUAUCCUCCAAGAAAUUGCACGAUGCCUCCAUCAGGUUCAUCAAGUAGUCCAAGCACUGGAUCUACUGCAACAAUAACAGAAUCGAAUACUGCAUCUGCAACACCGACGGCAUCUAGCACAGCUGCAUCUGCAGCACCGACGGCAUCUAGCACAGCUGCAUCUGAAUCGAGUACAGAAUCUACUACUGAAGGUUCUACAGAAACUACGACUAAAGCAUCUUCUCAGCCAACAAUAACCGAUUUGACUACUUCAUCUACAGCGCCGACGGAAAGUAGCACAGCUGCAUCUGAAUCAAGUACAGAAUCUACUUCUGAAGGUUCUACAGUGACUGCGACUGUAGCAUCUACUCAGCCCACGUCUGAAUCCAGUACGGAACCUACUUCCGAGGCAACUACGGAGAAUCCUAAUAACACCAUAAUUUGUGAUAGGCCAGGUUUCUAUCCGGACCCAACUCGGUGUGACAAAUUCUAUCGUUGCGUUGACAAUGGAAACGGCUUCAAUGUAUAUCAUUUCGACUGCGCACCUGGAACGAUAUGGGAUCCUAGUGUCGAUACAUGCAAUUAUCCUGAAUCUGUGUAUCCUCCAAGAAAUUGUACGAUGCCUCCAUCAGGUUCAUCAAGUAGUGCAAGCACUGGAUCUACUGCAACAAUAACCGAUUCCACUACUUCAUCUACUGUACCGGCGGGAACUAACACAGCUGCAUCUGAAUCAAGCACAGAAUCUACUUCUGAAGGUAUUACAGAAACUACGACUAGAGCAUCCAAUCAGCCAACAAUAACCGAUUCGACUACUUCAUCUACAGCGCCGACGGAAAGUAGCACAGCUGCAUCUGAAUCAAGUACAGAAUCUACUUCUGAAGGUAUUACAGAAACUACGACUAGUGCAUCUACUCAGCCAACAAUAACCGAUUCGCCUACUUCAUCUACAGCGCCGACGGAAAGUAGCACAGCUGCAUCUGAAUCAAGUACAGAAUCUACUUCUGAAGGUUCUACAGUGACUGCGACUAUAGCAUCUACUCAGCCCACGUCUGAAUCCAGUACGGAAACUACUUCCGAGGCAACUACGAAGAAGCCUAAUAAUGCCAUAGUUUGUGAUAGGCCAGGUUUCUAUCCGGACCCAACACGAUGUGACAAAUUCUAUCGUUGCGUUGACAAUGGAAACGGCUUCAAUGUAUAUCAUUUCGACUGCGCACCUGGAACCAUAUGGGAUCCUAGCAUCGACACGUGCAAUCAUCCCGAGUCCGUGUAUCCUCCAAGAAAUUGCACGAUGCCUCCAUCAGGUUCAUCAAGUAGUGCAAGCACUGGAUCUACUGCAACAAUAACAGAAUUGACUACUGCAUCUGCAACACCGACGGCAUCCAGCACAACUGCAUCUGCAACGCCGACGGCUUCUAGCACAGCAGCAUCUGCAAAACCGACGGCAUCUAGCACAGCUGCAUCUGAAUCGAGUACAGAACCUACCUCUCAAGGUGCUACAAUCACUGCGUCUAUAGCAUCUACUCAGCCCACGUCUGAAUCCAGUACGGAAACUACUUCCGAGGCAACUACGAAGAAGCCUAAUAAUGCCAUAGUUUGUGAUAGGCCAGGUUUCUAUCCGGACCCAACACGAUGUGACAAAUUCUAUCGUUGCGUUGACAAUGGAAACGGCUUCAAUGUAUAUCAUUUCGACUGCGCACCUGGAACCAUAUGGGAUCCUAGCAUCGACACGUGCAAUCAUCCCGAGUCCGUGUAUCCUCCAAGAAAUUGCACGAUGCCUCCAUCAGGUUCAUCAAGUAGUCCAAGCACUGGAUCUACUGCAACAAUAACAGAAUCGACUACUGCAUCUGCAACACCGACGGCAUCUAGCACAGCUGCAUCUGAAUCGGGUACAGAAUCUACUACUGAAGGUUCUACAGAAACUACGACUAAAGCAUAUUCUCAGCCAACAAUAACCGAUUUGACUACUUCAUCUACAGCGCCGACGGAAAGUAGCACAGCUGCAUCUGAAUCAAGUACGGAAUCUACUUCUGAAGGUUCUACAGUGACUGCGACUGUAGCAUCUACUCAGCCCACGUCUGAAUCCAGUACGGAAACUACUUCCGAGGCAACUACGGAGAAUCCUAAUAACACCAUAGUUUGUGAUAGGCCAGGUUUCUAUCCGGACCCAACUCGGUGUGACAAAUUCUAUCGUUGCGUUGACAAUGGAAACGGCUUCAAUGUAUAUCAUUUCGACUGCGCACCUGGAACGAUAUGGGAUCCUAGCGUCGACACAUGCAAUUAUCCUGAAUCCGUGUAUCCUCCAAGAAAUUGUACGAUGCCUCCAUCAGGUUCAUCAAGUAGUGCAAGCACUGGAUCUACUGCAACAAUAACCGAUUCCACUACUUCAUCUACCGCACCGGCGGGAACUAGCACAGCUGCAUCUGAAUCAAGUACAGAAUCUACUUCUGAAGGUUCUACAGUGACUGCGACUGUUGCAUCUACUCAGCCCACGUCUGAAUCCAGUACGGAAACUACUACCGAGGCAACUACAGAGAUUCCUAAUAACACCAUAGUUUGUGAUAGGCCAGGUUUCUAUCCGGACCCAACUCGGUGUGACAAAUUCUAUCGUUGCGUUGACAAUGGAAACGGCUUCAAUGUAUAUCAUUUCGACUGCGCACCUGGAACGAUAUGGGAUCCUAGCGUCGACACAUGCAAUUAUCCUGAAUCCGUGUAUCCUCCAAGAAAUUGUACGAUGCCUCCAUCAGGUUCAUCAAGUAGUGCAAGCACUGGAUCUACUGCAACAAUAACCGAUUCCACUACUUCAUCUACUGCACCGGCGGGAACUAGCACAGCUGCAUCUGAAUCAAGUACAGAAUCUACUUCUGAAGGUUCUACAGUGACUGCGACUGAAGCAUCUACUCAGCCCACGUCUGAUUCCAGUACGGAAACUACUACCGAGGCAACUACAGAGAAUCCUAAUAACACCAUAGUUUGUGAUAGGCCAGGUUUCUAUCCGGACCCAACUCGGUGUGACAAAUUCUACCGUUGCGUUGACAAUGGAAACGGCUUCAAUGUAUAUCAUUUCGACUGCGCACCUGGAACCAUAUGGGAUCCUAGCAUCGACACGUGCAAUCAUCCCGAGUCCGUGUAUCCUCCAAGAAAUUGCACGAUGCCUCCAUCAGGUUCAUCAAGUAGUCCAAGCACUGGAUCUACUGCAACAAUAACAGAAUCGACUACUGCAUCUGCAACACCGACGGCAUCUAGCACAGCUGCAUCUGCAGCACCGACGGCAUCUAGCACAGCUGCAUCUGAAUCGGGUACAGAAUCUACUACUGAAGGUUCUACAGAAACUACGACUAAAGCAUAUUCUCAGCCAACAAUAACCGAUUUGACUACUUCAUCUACAGCGCCGACGGAAAGUAGCACAGCUGCAUCUGAAUCAAGUACGGAAUCUACUUCUGAAGGUACUACAGAAACUACGACUAGAGCAUCCAAUCAGCCAACAAUAACCGAUUCGACUACUUCAUCUACAGCGCCGACGGAAAGUAGCACAGCUGCAUCUGAAUCAAGUACGGAAUCUACUUCUGAAGGUACUAUAGAAACUACGACUAGAGCAUCUACUCAGCCAACAAUAACCGAUUCGACUAUUUCAUCUACUGCACCGUCGGGAACUAGCGCAGCUGCAUCUGAAUCAAGUACAGAAUCUACUUCUGAAGGUUCUACAGUGACUGCGACUGUAGCAUCUACUCAGCCCACGUCUGAAUCCAGUACGGAAACUACUUCCGAGGCAACUACGGAGAAUCCUAAUAACACCAUAGUUUGUGAUAGGCCAGGUUUCUAUCCGGACCCAACUCGGUGUGACAAAUUCUAUCGUUGCGUUGACAAUGGAAACGGCUUCAAUGUAUAUCAUUUCGACUGCGCACCUGGAACGAUAUGGGAUUCUAGCGUCGACACAUGCAAUUAUCCUGAAUCCGUGUAUCCUCCAAGAAAUUGUACGAUGCCUCCAUCAGGUUCAUCAAGUAGUGCAAGCACUGGAUCUACUGCAACAAUAACCGAUUCCACUACUUCAUCUACUGCACCGGCGGGAACUAGCACAGCUGCAUCUGAAUCAAGUACAGAAUCUACUUCUGAAGGUUCUACAGUGACUGCGACUGUAGCAUCUACUCAGCCCACGUCUGAUUCCAGUACGGAAACUACUACCGAGGCAACUACAGAGAAUCCUAAUAACACCAUAGUUUGUGAUAGGCCAGGUUUCUAUCCGGACCCAACUCGGUGUGACAAAUUCUAUCGUUGCGUUGACAAUGGAAACGGCUUCAAUGUAUAUCAUUUCGACUGCGCACCUGGAACGAUAUGGGAUUCUAGCGUCGACACAUGCAAUUAUCCUGAAUCCGUGUAUCCUCCAAGAAAUUGUACGAUGCCUCCAUCAGGUUCAUCAAGUAGUGCAAGCACUGGAUCUACUGCAACAAUAACCGAUUCCACUACUUCAUCUACUGCACCGGCGGGAACUAGCACAGCUGCAUCUGAAUCAAGUACAGAAUCUACUUCUGAAGGUUCUACAGUGACUGCGACUGUAGCAUCUACUCAGCCCACGUCUGAUUCCAGUACGGAAACUACUACCGAGGCAACUACAGAGAAUCCUAAUAACACCAUAGUUUGUGAUAGGCCAGGUUUCUAUCCGGACCCAACUCGGUGUGACAAAUUCUAUCGUUGCGUUGACAAUGGAAACGGCUUCAAUGUAUAUCAUUUCGACUGCGCACCUGGAACCAUAUGGGAUCCUAGCAUCGACACGUGCAAUCAUCCCGAGUCCGUGUAUCCUCCAAGAAAUUGCACGAUGCCUCCAUCAGGUUCAUCAAGUAGUCCAAGCACUGGAUCUACUGCAACAAUAACAGAAUUGACUACUGCAUCUGCAACACCGACGGCAUCCAGCACAACUGCAUCUGCAACACCGACGGCUUCUACCACAGCAGCAUCUGCAAAACCGACGGCAUCUAGCACAGCUGCAUCUGAAUCGAGUACAGACCCUACUUCUGAAGGUACUACAGUGACUGCGUCUAUAGCAUCUACUCAUCCUACGUCUGAAUCCAGUACGGAAACUACGUCCGAGGCAACUACGGAGAAGCCUAAUAACACCAUAGUUUGUGAUAGGCCAGGUUUCUAUCCGGACCCAACUCGGUGUGACAAAUUCUAUCGUUGCGUUGACAAUGGAAACGGCUUCAAUGUAUAUCAUUUCGACUGCGCACCUGGAACGAUAUGGGAUCCUAGCGUCGACACAUGCAAUUAUCCUGAAUCCGUGUAUCCUCCAAGAAAUUGUACGAUGCCUCCAUCAGGUUCAUCAAGUAGUGCAAGCACUGGAUCUACUGCAACAAUAACCGAUUCCACUACUUCAUCUACUGCACCGGCGGGAACUAGCACAGCUGCAUCUGAAUCAAGUACAGAAUCUACUUCUGAAGGUUCUACAGUGACUGCGACUGUAGCAUCUACUCAGCCCACGUCUGAUUCCAGUACGGAAACUACUACCGAGGCAACUACAGAGAAUCCUAAUAACACCAUAGUUUGUGAUAGGCCAGGUUUCUAUCCGGACCCAACUCGGUGUGACAAAUUCUAUCGUUGCGUUGACAAUGGAAACGGCUUCAAUGUAUAUCAUUUCGACUGCGCACCUGGAACGAUAUGGGAUCCUAGCGUCGAUACAUGUAAUUAUCCUGAGUCCGUGUAUCCUCCAAGAAAUUGCAUGAUGCCUACUUCUGCGACACAAUCAUCUUCAUCGGAAGCUACUACCGAAUCAACAUCUGAAACGUAUGCAGAAUCAACGACUGGAGGAAGUACUGAUAGUAGUACAAUAUCCAGCUCAAAACAGACUACCGAAAUAGCAACUUCAACGACAGGAUUCACCACGGGAUCAACUACGGAUGCUUCUAUCUCAACACCCUGUCCAAUUGGAAAUUUAACCGAUGAGCAGAUAGCACUAGUUUGUCCAACUGGUUUCCGAAGACAUCCGAAAUAUUGCAACCUAUUUUAUCAAUGUACUAUCACAAACGAUGUGGACAUCAAAGUACUGGUAUUGAGUUGCCCAGAGGGAUUGAUCUUCGACGAUCAAAAGUUACAGUGUUUGCCUGAUGACAAAACCGACCAACAUUGCAAAGGUACCAAAGCUUCUGCACGAGUUUACAAUACAUUAAAGGAGAGUUCUAUGUCUCCUAUCAAAGCAUCGAGCGCGGUACUAUGUCCAGGAGCGGGACACUAUCCUUACAAACAAGGCUGCAGUAGCGCGUUCUAUAAUUGCAAGCAGGAUUCCAGGGACAAUCUUCAAGGUUAUUUGUAUAAAUGUCCAGAGAACUUCUUAUACUGGUCAGUUUCGAGGAGAUGCGAGCGUGCAACACGAUUACCAUUGUGCACGAUGUUUGGGCAGAAAGAUAAGGAGAAUUGGGAGGCGAGAUGGGAGAUUCCAAUAGAAGAGUCUAAUCUGUCUGCCCGAAGUCUGUUUGUCUAAAUUUUCAUAAAAAGCUAUUAGUGGUUCGAAUGGUCAGCGUAAACUCUCAGGACAAUUUCUGCUCGUAUUUUCUAUUAGAUCUAUUUAAAGAUCGUAACUUUUACUUAUUAGAAUAUGAGUAAAUUACCUUUGCAACAUGGCUGCGGAAGAUCUCAUAAAGAAACAUUCAGAUCUUCAACAGUCAUCUUGUCGUAAUUAAUGUAUAUCGAUUCAUGUGCAAAAAGUAAUUCUUAACUAUUGUUCGAGAAUAUAAUGGGUAUUUUCCUAUGAUUUUCCGCAGCGAGAUCGUAAAAUCAUUGGAAAACCUUCGCGAGUGUUGGGGUUUUUGGUUGAGGGAUUUAUAUGCAAUAUUCGACUGUAUUCAGUAAUUUAUAAUAUUUAUUUAUAGAGUCGAACAUUUUCUUGCGACUACGUGCCGCGAUUUAUACUAUUUUACGUUAAUGUAACCGUAAUAAAUCAAAAUUAACAAUAAUAAAAUUAAUAUCCAAAGGUUAAUAUAAUAAUUAGAGAUUAAAAUUUUGAGUACGGUGAAAUAUAAAAUAUAGAAUGUUUGGCGUUUAAUAAAUUUAUCCGACGAUUUAGUAGUGCUCAAACUUUUCACUGAGAAAGUGUAUUUACAGUCUCAGAACCAUGUUCUGAAUACAGUACAAAAAACAAUAAGCUUGAGAAGAUAAUUUUGUAUAUAUUUACGUGUUAAUUAUUCAAAUCACUGCUUCCUUUAUAUGAAACAUCAAUCAUUGCGAUUAAUUUCUUCUUUCAAUUGCGAUGAGAUAUCGAGUAUCGUUAAAGUACUCUUUGUAAAAAAAGGAGCAUUGCGUUUAACACGUUUAUUUAGAUGUAAAAUAUCCCUAAUGUAGUCAUUGAAUGAGUACAAGUAUUGUGUGUGUUUGUGUUAGAUUCUUCUGAAAAUUGUUAUUAAUGAAUAAUAAUGAUGAAUAAUAAAUAAUGAAUUUUCACAUAAAAUAAAGAAGUGCAAAAUUCUA